AUGUCUGUUGUCGGUAUUGAUCUCGGUGCGCAGAGCACCAAGAUUGGUGUUGCCCGUAACAAGGGUAUUGAUAUUAUCGCCAAUGAAGUUUCCAACCGUCAGACUCCGUCUCUCGUCGGUUUCAACGCUCGCAGCAGACACAUCGGUGAAGCAGCAAAGACACAAGAGACUUCGAACCUCAAGAACACUAUCGGUUCCCUUAAACGCCUGAUCGGCCGCUCUUUCAACGACCCCGAUGUCGAGCUCGAGCAGCGCUACAACACAGCCCCCAUCUGCGAUGUCAAUGGCCUCGCCGGUGUUGAGGUCAACUACCUCGGCAAGAAGGAGAAGUUCACCGCGACUCAGUUGGUCGCCAUGUUCCUGACCAAGAUCAAGGACACCACCUCCAAGGAACUCGGUCUGCCCGUGUCCGACGUCACUAUCAGCGUUCCCGCCUGGUUCACCGACGUUCAGCGCCGUGCCAUGAUCGAUGCGGCUGACAUUGCCGGUCUCAAUGCCCUCCGCCUUGUCAACGACACCACUGCCACCGCUCUGGGUUACGGUAUCACCAAGCUCGACCUGCCCGGCCCCGAGGAGAAGCCCCGCCGUGUCGCUUUCGUCGAUAUCGGUUACUCCGACUACACUGCCACCAUUGUUGAGUUCCGUAAGGGUGAGCUGAACGUCAAAUCCACCGCCUACGACCGCCACUUCGGUGGUCGUGACUUCGACUAUGCCCUCACCGAGCACUUCGCCGAUGAGUUCAAGGAGAAGUACAAGAUUGAUAUCCGCACUCACCCCAAGGCCUGGUCUCGUACCCUGGCUGCCGCCGAGAAGCUCAAGAAGGUCCUGUCCGCCAACCCCCAGGCUCCCAUGAGCAUCGAGUCCCUAAUGGAGGACACCGAUGUUCGCGCUAUGGUCAAGCGUGAGGAUAUGGAGGAUAUGGUUCGCUCUCUGCUGGACCGCAUCACCGUUCCCAUCGAGCAGGCUCUCGCUGAGGCCAAGCUCAAGGUUGAGGACAUUGACUACAUUGAGAUGGUUGGUGGCAGCACUCGUGUCCCCGCUAUCAAGGAGGCCAUCAGCAACUUCUUUGGUAAGGGUUUGUCUUUCACCCUGAACCAGGAUGAGGCCAUUGCCCGUGGUUGUGCCUUCUGCUGCGCUACUCUCUCCCCCGUUUUCCGUGUCCGUGACUUCGCUAUCCACGACAUUGUUAGCUACCCCAUCGACUUCACCUGGGAGCAGUCUCCCGAUAUCCCCGAUGAGGACACCAGCCUCACCGUCUUCAGCCGUGGCAACGUUAUGCCCUCAACCAAGAUCCUCACCUUCUACCGCAAGCAGCCCUUCGAUCUGGAGGCCCGCUACUCUAAGCCCGAGAUGCUGCCCGGCAAGAUCAACCCCUGGAUCGGUCGCUUCUCUGUCAAGGGCGUCAAGGCCGACGCCAACGAUGACUUCAUGAUCUGCAAGCUCAAGGCCCGUCUUAACCUGCACGGUAUCCUGAACGUCGAGUCUGGUUACUACGUUGAGGAUAUGGAGGUUGAGGAGCCCGUUCCCGAGGAGGGCGAGAAGGAGGGUGAUGCUAUGGACACCAACGGUGACGAGCAGCCCAAGAAGACCCGCAAGGUCAAGAAGCAGGUCCGUAAGGGCGACCUGCCCAUCAACGCCGGUACCGGUGGUAUCGACGAGGCUACCAAGGCCAUUCUCCAGGAGCGUGAGAACGCCAUGUACAUGGAGGACAAGCUGGUCGCCGAGACCGACGAGAAGAAGAAUGAGCUCGAGGCCUCCAUCUACGAGCUCCGUGACAAGAUCGACGGUGCCUACUCCGAGUUCGCCAGCGAGGAGGAGAAGGACAAGCUCCGCUCCAAGCUGACCGAUAUCGAGGAUUGGUUGUACGAAGAGGGCGAUGACACCACCAAGUCCGUCUACGUCUCCAAGCAAGAGGAGAUCCGCUCCAUUGUCGGUCCCAUCAUCCAGCGCUACCAGGAGAAGCUUGAGGCUGAGCGUCAGGCUGUCCGCAAGGCCGAGGAGGAGGCUGCUGCCAAGAAGGCCGCCGAGCUCGAGGCUAUGAAGAAGGCCGCCGAGGACCUGCGAAAGGCCGAGGAGGAGCACAAGAAGAAGCUCGCUGCCGAGGCUGGCGAUGCCGAGAUGGCUGAUGCCCCCGCCGAGGGCCAGGCUGAGGAGAAGCAGUAG